AGUUUUUAUAGUUGCUUUUUGACCUACAAGAGAGUGCUCAAGGACAUUAUUUCAGGUUAGGUUAUUUUGUUCUCGGGCUUUGACCUUUUUUAUCAGGUACAAGAUCCUCUUGUUAGUUUACAGAGUGUGUUGACUUUUCAAUGGGGUGGACUUUCUGUCUUCAGUGUGUUAUUCUACAUAUGCAUGUUGAUACCCUAACCCCAGUUGCAAUAUAAAAGUGAACAUUUCCUCACUCAUCCUCUACCAGUGUUUAUUUUUGUAGUGCAGUUUCUUAAAAUACUAUAGCACCAUUUGACAUUAAUUACAAUAAAAUAAACACGCAUAAUGAAUGUAAGGUAACUAACCUUUCAGUUUUUUUACGAAUAAACUAUUCUCAAGUGGUCUUGAUUAUCUACACCUGCUGGCAUGUUUGGGGUUAAACAUGAAGUGACUCGUGGGGGACGUGACUCGUAAACCAUUGAAGUUUUUGAGUGUUUCCAUACGCUUUGAAUCAUGGUUCUUUUUUUUCGGGGUGCUUUGAAGAAUAUUUUUCUAAAUGGUAAACUGUCAUGUACUGUAGCAAAUCCGUCAAAAUAUGGUUUUGCACCGGAAAACACCUUUACGCUGUUAAGACAAAGGAGCGUUGCUGGACACAACACUUUAUCAGGGAUCCCAGGAGUGACAGAGAGGACCCUCAUUGCAGUGAAACCAGACGGGGUGCAACGCCGUCUGGUGGGACAUAUCAUGCAUCGCUUUGAACAACGGGGCUUCAAACUAGUGGGCUUAAAGAUGUUGCAGGUCCCAAACGAUUUGCUCUCUCAGCACUAUAAGGAGUUGAAAAGGAAACCUUUCUUCCCUGGUCUGCUGCAGUACAUGACCUCUGGGCCUGUGGUUGUCAUGGUGUGGGAGGGACACAAUGUUGUCCAGGCAUCUCGGAUCAUGGUAGGCCACACCAACCCAGCUGAGGCCCAAGCAGGCACCAUUAGAGGAGACUUCAGCAUUCAUAUAAGCAGAAAUAUUGUCCAUGCCAGUGAUUCAGUGGAGGGGGCUCAGAGAGAGAUCCAGCUGUGGUUUCAUGGAAGAGAACUUCUAGACUGGGACUGCUGUGACCAUAGUAUUACCUACCAGUUGUAAAAUGGAAAUAGUAAAUAAAUCUAAACCCUAACUAUAAAAGCAGGAUGAGCGUUAUAAUCAAAUCACCUCCUCUUCACCUCUUUUUGCGGAUUACCAUAACUUUUUGUUUUUGUUAUAUUGUAUAUUAAACACUUUUUACUAAUACUAUUCUCAGAAUUAUUUGGCAAUUGUACCCUAAUACUGUAUUUACCCUACUAAUUGUCUUAAUCUUUUGUAUUUUUGGUUCAGAAAUACAGCUGCUUUCUUAUAAAUGUUUCUGUGAAGAUGAUUCUCAUCCACAACAACUAAGUAAAUCAUCUUAGUUAUAUGUUAAAGUUGGUAAGUAACAAUUAUCUCCUUUUAUGAUUUUACUCAACUUAAAUCUUUCUUAAUAGAUCAUAGUUAAUAAUGGGGAACAAUUGACAAGGAAAAUAUUUGAAAGGUUAUCUGAAAGGUUACCUGGCCAAAAAUAUAUUCUCAAAGCAUUUGCGAAGAUCCAUUCACACUUCCCAAGAAGGAAAGGUCCAGAACAUGGCUAUUGUCAUAUAUCGGUGCCUUUGUAAUGAUGUGUUAUGAUUUGGGAUACAUGGUUUUAUAUCUGUUUCAUAACUACAAUAAAACAUUUUUGAA